AUGGAGCCAAAACAAGUGUACGAAGGUGAAAAUCAGUCAGUCGUCCUCCGUUGUUUCCUAACGCGUUCACCAAUCGCUGAGGAUAGCGUAUACGUGAUAUGGAGGUUUCGACAUAGUACCCAACCCGCUCCACCUGCGAACUGGGCAUUUAUGCAUCAAGAUGAUGAUCUGGCCCGAUGUCCCGAUCCACCAAAGCUGUGCGAAUUUGUCAACCAGUAUACUAGUAUAUUGGCAACGAAAGACAUGGCUAGUCUUAACGAUCCGCGGUUAAAUGAGACAGACAAUGCACUGAUCACAGCCAGGCAGCUGCACACCUUGCAUCUAAAAAGAGUGGCAAGAGAAUUUGACGGAACAUUUCAAUGCUACACAUUGGUGAAUUUGGACGCAAUGGAGCAAAGAGCAUAUCUUCGGGUUCUGAGUGAGUCAACCAAUUAA